AGUAGUUCUUUGGCCCAUGACACGUAGCAACGGAGCCGGUGUUGGGGUCUGAAAUUCAGUUUUGGAGGCUCCUUGGGGUUCCUGGGGUUGGAGUUGCCGCCGUUCCCGCCGCCUCCGCGUUCGGCUUGCAGGUGACUCCCCCAGAGUAUGGACAGUGUGUUGAAGCCCCGGGGUCGAGGGACGGACUGCAGUAACCAGUUGUCAUUCCGUUGCAGAUCGUUUGCAAUGUCAGGCUUUGAGAACUUGAACACGGAUUUCUAUCAGACAAGUUACAGCAUUGACGACCAGUCGCAGCAAUCCUAUGAUUAUGGAGCCAGUGGAGGACCCUACAGCAAACAAUAUGCUGGCUACGACUACUCGCAGCAAGGCCGAUUUGUCCCUCCAGACAUGAUGCAGCCACAGCAGCCGUACACUGGGCAAAUUUAUCAGCCAACACAGACGUAUACUCCAUCCACACCUCAGCCAAUCUAUGGGAACAACUUUGAGGAUGAGCCACCUUUAUUAGAAGAGUUAGGAAUCAAUUUUGACCACAUCUGGCAAAAAACACUUACAGUGUUACAUCCUUUAAAAGUAGCAGAUGGUAGCAUCAUGAAUGAAACAGAUUUGGCAGGACCAAUGGUUUUUUGUCUUGCCUUUGGAGCAACAUUAUUACUGGCUGGCAAAAUCCAGUUUGGCUAUGUGUACGGCAUCAGUGCAAUCGGAUGUCUGGGAAUGUUUUGUUUAUUAAACUUAAUGAGUAUGACUGGUGUUUCUUUUGGUUGCGUGGCAAGUGUCCUUGGAUAUUGUCUGCUUCCUAUGAUCCUGCUUUCCAGCUUUGCAGUCAUAUUUUCUUUGCAAGGUAUGGUAGGAGUCAUUCUCACUGCUGGAAUCAUUGGAUGGUGUAGUUUUUCUGCUUCCAAAAUUUUUAUUUCUGCAUUAGCCAUGGAAGGACAGCAACUUUUAGUAGCAUAUCCAUGUGCUCUGUUAUAUGGAGUCUUUGCCCUGAUUUCUGUCUUUUGAACUGAAUUUGGGAUGCGGACAUCAGUGGGAGAAACACACAAAGAGACCUUGAACUCUUAAAUCGGACCAGCGAACUGCUACAGCACACCUCUCUUGCAGAUAGAUUUACGUUUAACGAUUGGAGCAAUGGAAGCAAACAUGGAUCUUUUGUUCGUUUUUAUAGAACUUUUGAACACUAUGUUGGAUUUUCCUACAGUGUGACUAGCUUUAAGUGUUUGUGCUUAUAGAAAUAAGAAGUGCUAGUUCUUUCCUGUUACGCAGCCUUUGAGAAACUUUUAACUUGCAAAUUAUGUUUUUAUAGAUUUUUAUCAAACCAACGGCAAGGCUGGUAUCUUUUCUUAAAAACAAUUCAGACAUAGUUUAAAAAAAAAAAGAUGCAAGACUUCUUGGAGAAAUACUUUUCCAAGGAAUUUGGAAAGAAAAAAUUCUAUGUCCACGUCAGUUGCAUUUGAAGACUAAAGAAAAAAAGAUCUCAUUAUUGACUUGUACGAGUUUAUGUUUCAGAAGUUUGACAUUCCUGUCAAUCAGUCUCUUGAAAUUUUUUGCUAAAAUUCAGAUAGGAGGCUUACUCUCUCUUAUUACAGAUGUGAAAAGUGAACUCCUGUUUAGAGAAUAUUAAUUAAGCCAUUAUGACCUAGACUGGCUGCAUUAGUGCUCAUAAUUGGGUCUUCACCUUUUCCCAGAAAAUCACUAUCCUUUUUGAGGAAAGAUAUUUAAAAUUUCACAAUUUCUGUAUUGCAGUUAUCAAUGUAAAAUACAUUUGAUGCUUACUAAUUAAAAUUUUCCAAAUUAAUUUUAUUUGUGUUUUUGAGUAUACUUUCAUCACACCACUGUUUUGAGUGUCUUGUUUUUCUUUAAAUGAGGACGUUAUUUUGACUCCCAGCUUUGCCUAGCCUCGAAGAUAGAAACCACCUAAUAAUAGAAAAAAUGGAUUACAUGAAAAGCAGUUUGGUUUGAGUUAUAUUAUUUUUUGUAUUGAAUAUAUUUGCUUUAUGUUGUCAUGCUCUCUUAUCACUGCAUCUGUAGGAAAAUACUGUAUAUCCUGUAUGUUUUUCAUGAGCUUUUUCUAGAUAAACAGCUCUGAUUGUGGAAAAAAGAGUUACAAGAAAGGCAUGGAAAGGAAAAUGUCUUUUUUUUUUUUAAGUGGAGACUCAGACUAAAUAAAAAGGAAUA